UGUAAGCAAAUUCCUGGGGGCAGCAAUGGCUGCCCGCGGCCUAGGGCUCAGCAGAGCCUUGGGCUCCUCUUCCAGCCCUGCUUGGAAACGGGCUUCCUCAGAAGCUGGGGCACGCCUGAAGAAUGAGUACGAUGCUGUGGUGAUAGGAGCAGGACACAAUGGGCUGGUGGCUGCGGCCUACCUGCAGAGACUGGGGGUGAAUACAGUGGUCUUUGAGAAACGCCACGUGAUCGGGGGUGCAGCUGUCACUGAGGAGAUCAUCCCAGGGUUUAAGUUCUCCCGUGCAUCCUACCUCCUCAGCCUGCUGAGGCCGCAGAUUUACACGGACCUGGAGCUGAAGAAACAUGGGCUGAGGCUUCAUCUCCGGAACCCCUACUCCUUCACCCCCAUGCUGGAAGAGGGCACAGGUGGCAAGGUGCCCAGGUCACUUCUGCUAGGCACAGACAUGGCAGAAAACCAGGAGCAAAUUGCCCAGUUCUCACAGAAGGAUGCCCAGGCCUUCCCCAGGUAUGAGGUGUUCAUGAAACGCUUGGUGUUAGCCAUCGACCCCCUGCUGGAUGCAGCCCCAGUGGAUAUGGCAGCCUUCCAACGUGGCUCCCUACUGCAAAGACUCAAGCUGCUGUCCACCCUCAAGCCCCUGCUGAAGGCAGGUCACACCCUCGGAGCCCAGCUUCCCCAGUACUACCAGGUCCUCACAGCCCCGAUUACCAAAGUGCUGGACCACUGGUUUGAGUCUGAGCCUCUAAAAGCCACUCUAGCAACAGAUGCUGUGAUUGGAGCUAUGACAAGUCCCUUCACUCCAGGGAGUGGGUACGUGCUGCUGCAUCAUGUGAUGGGGGGGCUGGAGGGGACUCAGGGUGCCUGGGGCUAUGUCCAGGGUGGCAUGGGUGCCCUGUCGGAUGCCAUCGCAAGCUCAGCCACUGCCCACGGAGCAAGUAUCUUCACUGAAAAGCCAGUGGCUAAGGUGCAGGUGAGCAGAGAAGGCCAUGUUCAAGGAGUCGUGCUAGAAGAUAGCCUGGAGGUCAGGAGCAGAGUGGUGCUGUCCAGUGCAUCUCCACAGGUCACCUUCCUGAAGCUGGUACCACAGGAAUGGCUUCCAGAGGCCUUCGUGAAGAGAAUCUCCCUGCUGGACACCCAGUCUCCUGUUACCAAGAUCAAUGUGGCUGUGGACAGGCUCCCCAACUUCCUGGCAGCCCCCAAUGCUCCCAGGGGCCAGCCACUGCCUCAUCACCAGUGCUCCAUCCACCUGAACUGCGAAGACACCUUCCUCCUCCAUCAGGCCUUUGAAGACUCCGUGGGUGGCCUGCCGUCCCACAGGCCUAUGAUUGAGCUCUGCAUCCCUUCCUCACUGGACCCCACCCUGGCUCCCCCUGGCUGCCAUGUGGUCUCCCUCUUCACUCAGUACACCCCCUACACGCUGGCAGGAGGCAAGGCCUGGGAUGAGCAGGAGAGAAAUGCCUAUGCAGACAAAGUGUUUGACUGCAUCGAAGCCUAUGCCCCCGGCUUCAAGGGCUCUGUAGUGGGCAGAGAUAUCCUCACACCACCUGACCUGGAGAGAAUCUUUGGGCUUCCUGGAGGGAACAUAUUCCACUGUGCCAUGUCUCUGGACCAGCUCUAUUUUGCCCGCCCAGUGCCACUGCACUCCAGCUACCGCUGCCCUCUCCCAGGCCUGUACCUCUGUGGAAGUGGGGCCCAUCCUGGAGGAGGUGUCAUGGGUGCUGCUGGACGUAAUGCAGCCCACGUGGUCUUUAGGGACCUCAAGAGCCUGUGAAGCUGGACCAACUCUGACUGAGGAAAGAGAUCUCACCCCUGAGCUUCUAAGUCCCCCACAGGGUCAGCAGCCCAGGACGUUCUGCUGUGCUCCAAAGGAUGCUGCUUGAGGCAACCAUGUUCCAAGGCUCAAGCUAUUAUUUGAAGCAGGGUUCGAGUUACGUUUAGCACAAGUUAACCUGUGUCACAGGCCUCCAUGAAGGAC